AUGCACAUUUUGUGGCUCGACAACAGUGACACUGGCGACAAGUUCGUUUUCUCUGAAGCUUACCGAGACGAUAGGGACUCAUCGUACACCAUCAUAGACCGUGUGCGUAUUGAAGAGAUCAUUAUUGAUGCUUCCGGAUUGAGAUCUUACAAGCUCCCUCAAGAGGAAACAGAUAGAAUUGGACGACUUUUGAAAGGUGGCAAUAACAGUGCAUUGACUCUGACGACGAGCUCGUCGAAAAUGAAGAAGUGUCCUAUGAGGAUUCGUCUGAUGAACCUCCUAAACGUGUGUUUUCAUCACUAG